AAAAAAAAAAAAUGUUCACGAUCAAAAGUAACGAGCACAAGUUGGUCAGGGAAAGGAAAAAGGAGUGACUUUUUGGAAGUUUGAGGAUUAGGAGUUUGAUUUAGAAUCAAGGAUUCGGGAGAGGAGUUUGUGGGCCGGGUGAACAACAAGUAGACGGACACAAAUUCGUAAGUUGUUAUUUAAUUUGAAACAAACAGUGAAAUAAAUAACACAAAGUUCAUGCAACACGAAACAGGAACCACACGCGGAUAAAUCCGGGUGGUGAUUCACGGAGGGAGGACAAGACGGUUUAGGACGACACAGGACAGAACCGCUGUCUUUGUACGAGUAAGUUCGAAACAGAUAAACAUGAAAAAUAUAACAAAAACAUGCAAAAUCUGUACAAACAUGUAAAACCGAUCACGCUGUUAAACAUAACCUAAAAUUACAGCUACAGCACAAACGUAGAACACAAAUCCGGAUCGGGUUGGACGGAAAACAGGAAACAAACAAAUUCUUUGAUCUGCCUCGAAUAAAUUGGGCUGAUUCGCAAAGAGGUUUAUUUCCGUUGGCGUCCGAACAUCAUCAAAGAAUUUGUUUCCGGCGUGGAACAGUUCAGGAUGGCCCCCAAACCCAAACCGGAUGUUCUAGCCGACUGCGUAGUCUGCGGCAAACCAAAGGGUGACGACGCUGAGACGGUGGAGUGCGAAGCUUGCCGGCUUUGGGCACAUUUGGCGUGCGCUGGAGAAACGGGAAAAGUUGAGAACUACUUUUGCCCGAACUGUUCUCAGUCGCUGCAAGUGCCAAAGACCCGGAAGAACGUCAAGAAGCCGAAGAGCGAUGCGGGCACUACUUCCGGCGCUGCGGACCUGCCAAAGGACGUGCUGGAACAGUUGGAAUUGGAAAGAGUGGAGCGGGAGAAGAAGAUGGCCCAGGAGGUGAUGAUCCGUAUGAAGCGGAUCGAGAUGGAGAAGAAAUUUGCCGACCAGGAGCUCCGGAUCGAGAGAGAGAUGCAGGAGAGGGAGUUUGCGGCGGCGAACGAGGUGCGCGCGCUGAAGCUCAAGAUGGAGCAGGAGUUUUUAGAUAGGCAGAAGGCUGCGGAGGAAGAGUUCCUCGCGAAGCAGAAGGAGCUCAAGAAGCUCGUCAAGAAGAGCAAGCAGAAGCUUGAGAAGGCCGCGGUGGAUCCACCGGCUGGCAAGGGCGAGGGAGCGGGCGCGGGCUCGACGGACACUCCGAAGGGGGUUCUAGGAAAGCCGAAGUUACCCGUCCCCAAACUCAGCGAUUCCGAUCCCGACAGCAGUGAUGAUGAGAGCGAUGAGAAGGAGGACCCGACGACACCGGUUUCCGGAUCGCGCGAGGUCUCUGACGGGCCGGGGAAACCGGUCACGAAGUUGACGAAGGAGCAGUUGGCGGCUAGACAAGCCAUGUCGCGACAUCUGCCGAAGUUCUCCGGGGAGCCGGAGGUGUGGCCUCUUUUCAUAAGCAGCUUCAAGUACACCACUGAAGCCUGCGGAUUCACUAACGUAGACAACUUGAAGAGGUUGGUGGACUGUCUCGAAGGGCCAGCGCUGACGUUGGUGCAAGGUCGGCUCGUGCUGCCGGACGCGGUACCGGAUGUCAUCGAAGACUUGCGACACAUGUUUGGCCGGCCGGAGAAGCUGCUUCGGGCGCUUUUGCAGAAGGUCCGGAACGCGCCAGCUCCCACGAUCGAAAAUCUUGACACGUUCAUCCAUUUCGGGAUCACCAUCAAGCAAUUGUGUGAUCAUCUCGAAGUGUCGGGCAUGAAGGACCAUCUGAACAACCCGAUGCUGGUUCAGGAGCUGGUUGAAAGAUUGCCGACAAGCCAUCAACUCGACUGGGUGCGCUACAGGCGCGGAAAAGUCAACACUCCGCUGAGAAUGCUGUCCGACUUCUUGUCGGAACUGGUCGAGGACGUGUCGGAGGUGGCCGAGUUUGCGGCGCUCUCGCUUCAGGAGCCGACGAAAGCACACGGCGGGAAGGGCAAGCGGAACGAGUUUGUGCACCUGCACGAAGCGAGGGAGAAAGCGACGGGUGGCAGAACGAGCAUGGCUUGCUACGUCUGUAAACAAACCAACCACUUGAUACGGAACUGUAGCGAGUUCAGAGGAAUGCGGGUGCCUGAGCGCAUGAAGACCGUUGAGCGCUUGAAGCUGUGCACGGUGUGCUUGAGCAGCCAUGGCAACAGCGCGUGCCAUUCGAAAAUGCGCUGCCAGAUCGGAAAUUGUCGAGGACAACAUCAUCCGCUACUUCACCGCGAGGAAGCUGCGAGGCAGUUUCAACGGGUUGACUGCAACACGCACAAGGUCGACGGCGGGGUGAUCUUCCGGACAAUUCCGAUAACCAUGUACGCGGGGAGCAAGGCGUUCAACACUCUGGCGUUUUUGGACGAAGGAUCUUCGAGUACACUCAUGGAGGAGUACGUGGCCAACAAGCUGGGAGUGCAAGGAAAGCUGGAGCCGCUGGUCGUGUCCUGGACUGCCGAGAUCGAUCGGCACGAGAAUCAAUCUCGUCGCGUGAGCCUGACGCUUGCGGCCAGAGGUUCGAGAGAGAUGUUCCAGUUGGAGAACGUGCGGACGGUUUCGAAGCUGCAGUUGCCGCAGCAAGAUGUGAGAUUUGCGGAGGUGCAGAAGCGGUACGGUCAUCUGGCGGGCGUGCAGGUUGCGGAGCAGGUCAAGGAGAAACCGACCAUCUUGAUCGGGCUUGACAACAUCCAUCUCUUCGCGCCACUGGAAUCAAGAGUCGGUCAACAAGGCGAACCGAUUGCAGUCCGUUCGAAGCUCGGCUGGACCGUGUACGGACCUGAUACACUCAAGCCCUUGGUGCAUACGUUCCUGAAUCUUCAUGUCGUCAAGCCGGCCAGUAACCAAGAACUCCACGACAUGAUGAGGGACCAGUACGUCCUGGACGAAGCUGGUGUUGCGUCGUUUGCGGUGCCGGAGUCUGCCGAAGAACAACGAGCGAAGAAGAUAUUGGAGACGACAACGAAGCGCACCGGAGAGCGGUUCGAAACCGGUCUGCUAUGGCGCGAGGACGAGCGGCGAUUCCCGGACAGCUACCUGAUGGCAACGCGGCGGCUGCAGGCGUUGGAGAGAAAGCUGGACAAGAACCCGACGUUGAAGCAGAACGUCUCUCAACAGAUCGCGGAGUACCAGAGCAAGGGGUACGCGCACAAAGCAACGGCCGAGGAGCUGAAGACGCCCAGCAACGCCGUUUGGUAUCUGCCACUGAACGUCGUCCUGAACCCUCGGAAGCCGGACAAGACAAGACUGGUUUGGGACGCGGCGGCGUCGGUGCGGGGUGUCUCGCUGAACUCACAGCUGCUCAAGGGACCGGACAUGUUGGUGCCGCUGCCACGAGUUGUGUGUCGUUUCCGGGAGAGACCGAUCGCGCUGGGUGGGGACAUACAAGAAAUGUACCAUCAGAUCAGGAUCAGAGAGGAGGACAAGCAAGCUCAACGCUUCCUGUUCCGCGAGAACCCUGCCGACGCUCCGCAGGUGUACGUCAUGGACGUUGCAACUUUCGGGUCGGCUUGCUCCCCAAGUUCGGCUCAGUUCGUGAAGAACCUGAACGCGGACCAGUAUGCGGAGGAGUUCCCGGAGGCAGCUGCGGCGAUUAAGGAGCGACACUACGUGGACGAUUACUACGACUCGGUGGACACGGUCGAGGAAGCGAUUCGGCGGGCCAACGAGGUGAAGUUCAUCCACUCGAAAGGAGGUUUCAACAUCCGGAACUGGGUGUCGAACUCGAGGAAGGUGCUGGACGCGAUGGGAGAACAAAGCGUGAAGACAUCCGUGCACUUCAACCAGGAAAAGUCGGCUUUCUACGAGCGUGUACUCGGCAUAGUCUGGGAACCGGAUCAGGACGUGUUCUGUUUUGCGGUGGCCUCGAAGCCGGAGUUCCGCGACGUUCUGGCGGGAGAGCGACGUCCAACCAAGCGGAUCGUGCUGAGUGUGGUCAUGGCGCAAUUCGAUCCAGCGGGAUUCCUCGGACCGAUCACUAUUCUUGGGAAAAUCCUGGUGCAAGAUCUGUGGCGCACGGGGUGCGAGUGGGACGAAAUGAUCGACGAGCUGGCUUUCCACAGGUGGCUGCGUUGGAUCAACAUUUUGGCGGACGCAAAGCACUUCAAACUACCAAGGUGCUACUUCGGGAACGCGCGGUGGGACGAGAUCGAGGAGAUUCAGCUGCACAUCUUCGCGGAUGCGGGCGACAAGGCAUACGGAUGCGUGGCGUACUUCCGAGCGAUUGUCCGGGGCGAAGUGGUUGUGGCCCUGGUGAUGAGUCGGUCCAAGGUGGCGCCGCUGAAGAUGCUGUCCAUUCCGCGUCUGGAGCUGGAGUCGUAUGUACUUGCGGCGCGCAUAUCCCAGGCGAUUCACGACAACCACAGUUUCCCGAUCAGCAAGACCUUUUUCUGGACUGAUUCGGCGGUCGUCCUGUCGUGGAUUCGCUCCGAUCAACGUCGCUACAAACAGUUCGUUGGAUUUCGGAUUGGUGCCAUUUUGAGCAUGACGUCGCUGAUGGAUUGGAACUUCGUACCGAUACAACACAACAUCGCCGACAACCUGACGAAGUGGGGAAAGGAUCCGAACGUCCGGCCAGACAGUCCGUGGGUCUGCUGCCCGAGGUUCAUCCACGACCAGCAAGUAAACUGGCCGAAGAAAAGCUUGCCCCCACCGAAAACCACGGAGGAACUUCGCGUGCAUCUUCUUCUACACGACGUGAAGGUGGUGGACACCAUCGUGGAGGUGAACCACUUCUCAAGGUGGACGAUGCUGGUGAGGACCAUGGCGUGCGCUCACCGAUUCGUGUCGAACCUCAAGCGGAAAACGAAAGGGCUACUGAUGGAGACGCUGCGUGGGACGAAGGCACAGGCGAAGAUGCUGAGAACGACGACGGUACCGUCGGUUCGAGUUGCGUUGCAACAAGACGAGUACAAGCGGGUGGAGGUGUACCUGCUGAAGAUGGUGCAGGCGGAGAGCUUCAUCGUAGAGGUGAAAGUGCUGACCAGGAACAAGGAUCGUCCGGCGGAUCAGUGGCUCGACCUCGAAAAGUCAAGGCCGCUGAUAACGGGCGACCUGGUCUACAUUGUCGACGGGAAGAACAGGAAGUCCUGGAUCCGCGGAGUGGUCGAAGAGCCGAUCGUGUCCGGCGACGGGAGGAUUCGCCAAGCAUGGGUGCGAACCAGCAGCGGGCUGGUGAAGCGCGCGACAGCGAGGCUGGCCGUGUUGGAGAUCGAGGGUAAACCUGCUUCAGAAGCCUCGGAACCGGGUUUACGGGCCGGGGAAUGUUGAGGCCGCUCACUGCCGCGACGGGGUCGACACCAUGCUGCUGCGUGGGGACGAACGCCGCGUCGGCAUCUCACGCGCGUGAGACGUGAGAAAGAAGAACGUGAUCAAUGACGAAACACACGAGUAAAGGGGCGACAAAUCAAAACAAUGUUCACGAUCAAAAGUAACGAGCACAAGUUGGUCAGGGAAAGGAAAAAGGAGUGAUUUUUUGGAAGUUUGAGGAUUAGGAGUUUGAUUUAGAAUCAAGGAUUCGGGAGAGGAGUUUGUGGGCCGGGUGAACAACAAGUAGACGGACACAAAUUCGUAAGUUGUUAUUUAAUUUGAAACAAACAGUGAAAUAAAUAACACAAAGUUCAUGCAACACGAAACAGGAACCACACGCGGAUAAAUCCGGGUGGUGAUUCACGGAGGGAGGACAAGACGGUUUAGGACGACACAGGACAGAACCGCUGUCUUUGUACGAGUAAGUUCGAAACAGAUAAACAUGAAAAAUAUAACAAAAACAUGCAAAAUCUGUACAAACAUGUAAAACCGAUCACGCUGUUAAACAUAACCUAAAAUUACAGCUACAGCACAAACGUAGAACACAAAUCCGGAUCGGGUUGGACGGAAAACAGGAAACAAACAAAUUGUAAGACAAAAACACACACACACUACACACACAUUGUACUAAACUUAAAUCUAAUUUGCAGCUUUGAUCUGCCUCGAAUAAAUUGGGCUGAUUCGCAAAGAGGUUUAUUUCCGUUGGCGUCCGAACACCUAGGUUCGAGCAGAAACUUACAAUAGAGACCACAAAAGACCUGGGGGUCGUUAAUGUGGAUGGUUUGAUUUGAUUUUGAUUUACAAUAUUAUCACCUGACCUCAAAAUAAGUACAAGAUCUCUUAUGAGGUUUAACAAGACUAAUACAAAUUUGAAAAUCUAAUGGAAACGGUACAUUUUAUAACCAAAACACACAAAAAUAUGUUGAUUCGGUGAAAUCCAAAAUUCAUAAUUGUGACAUACAGUUGAGCUUAAACCCAACCAAUUACACUUUUCUGUAGUGAUUUAUAUACUCAAUGGGCCCAGAAACAUUUCUCAAAAAAGAAUUCAUCGAAAUAAUGAUCUGAAUAUUGAAAACAUUGUGUUUUUUUGGAAAAGGGGUGUGAUAUUUUAUCAGAAAAUCUCCCAAAUUUUCAAUAAAACCUUUAUAACUUUUUUCCCUUAUUUUCAAUCACUUUGCGUGCUUCAGGAAAAAUGUUCCUUGCAUCAUUUCCCAUAAGAAAUCAUAUGAUCUGAACCAUAAAUCAUGCCCAUAUAGACUUAUAACAAUACUAAAUUGAAAUAGACGAAAUUUCGCCCCAUAGGAAAAAUGUUCAAAAACUUCAAAUGAGGAUAACUUUGAUUUUUCCCGACCAAAGAUUUUCGUUCACCCCGCAAAUGAACGGGGAUGUUCCACACUUUCAUAUGUAUAUGACAGUUUUCUUGCUAUUUCUCAAAAAUACUACCCCCCCUGAAAAAGACGCCGUGCAACACAAGCUCAUGCGUGUGUCAACGUGGAUCAGCCUCUUCUUGGCACAUCCUUUGGACGGAGUAUACGUGCUCCCUCGGUGGUCCGACUUGGGGUAAUUCCCCCGGACGGUGGCUGAGUUCCCACAUUGGCGAUCCUGCCAGGAGUACCACAAUUGAUGGUACUACUGGAAGAGGAAAAUAACGACGUUGGGAUUGCCCCAAGUUUGGCCAAAGCAUUUCUUUUAUUUUUGUUCAAGUGGCAGAAGGAACUGUAGUUUUGUGUGUGCUUUUCUGGUGUGACUGAAAUUUGUAAGUGCCUUGUUUUGGUUAAAACUUUUUUAUUCGGAACCGUGUGGCGAGAGUGGACCUCCGUCAAAAUUGUUUUUAUAGGAACCGAUGGUGUCCAGGCGCGAGGGGACCUCCGCCGGAGUUUGUUUUGUUCGGAACCGCGUGUGUGUACUGGCGAGAGUGAACAUCCGCCAAAGUUUGUUUUGAUUGGAACCGCUAACGUUCCGGCGCGAUGAAACUUCCGCCUGAAUUUGGUUUGUUUGGAACCGUUUGUGUUCCGGCGCGAGGGGACCUCCGCCAGGGUUUGUUUUGAUGGGAACCAAUAGCGUUCCGGCGCGAUGGAACUUCCGCCAGGAUUUGUUUUGUUUGGAACCGUACGAGUUCUGGCGCGAGUGGAUCUCCACCAGGGUUUGUUUGGAUUGGAACCGUUUGUGUUCAGGCGCGAGGGGACCUCCGCCAGGGUUUGUUUUGAUGGGAACCAAUAGCGUUCCGGCGCGAUGGAACUUCCGCCUGGAUUUGUUUUGUUCGGAACCGUACGAGUUCUGGCGCGAGUGGACCUCCGCCAGUGUUUGUUUCGAUUUGAACCGUUUGUGUUCCGACGCGAGGGGACCUCCGCCAGGGUUUGUUUUGUUCGGAACCGCGUGUGUGUACUGGCGAGAGUGGACCUCCGUCAAUGUUCGUUUUGAUUGGAACCGAUAGCGUUCCGGCGCGAUGGAACCUUGUAUGCUUUGGCGAGAGUGGACCUCCACCAAAGUUUGUUUUGAUUGGAAGCAUUCGUGGUCCAGCGUGAGGGUUUGUUUUGUCUCGGGACUGCUGUGGAGAUGUUUGUGUGGAUUGUUUUGGUUUGCUAGGGCAGCGACCGAGACAUUUGUUUACACCCCGGCUUCCUCCUCCGUGGUUCCACCAUCUCGGGAGCCACUGCUUACUUUGCUGCAUCCUGCGGGUCGAAAGCGAUCCUUUGAUUUUCCGUCCGGAACUGCGCCCGGCAGCGGAGGGAACUCCGACGGCGUGAACGCCGGAACUGCUGGACUCUGCUUCUCCGCCUUCCUUGCCGGCGGGUUUGGUUUUGACGC